CCUCAAGAUGGCCUCCCCUCCCCGGUUUAAAGGGGGAGCGGGGGUGCGUCACUUUCCCAUCAACCCUUCUGUAGCUGCAAUCAGGGUCGCUUGCAGCGAUUUGAGGGAGGGGAGGCUGCUGGCCGGAGCGCUGGGGCUCUGAAUGGGUUAGAGCCGGGGAGCCGGGAGCCAGGAUGCCUGGGUCCUCUGGGGAGGAGGGAGCGGGGCUGCAAUAGGUCGUGGCCGGGAGCUGUGGGGUUCCCCGGGAGGAGGCGAGGUGUGCGAGGGAAGCCAUGUGCAGACAAGGGAGAGAGGGCUUCAUUGUGGCGCUGCUGCAGAGGGGCACGCUGAAGAGCGCUUGGAGGGUGCACAGCUGAUCUAUUUUUCCUUUUCGGAGGGGGGGGGGAGGCAUUUGAAGAUUGCUUUUGAUCCGUUAAAGGGCUGCAAUGCAGCAUGGGGGUGUUGCUUCCAGGGAAUACUGGAGAGUAGUAGAGUGGCUGCAUGGACAUCGGAGGGGAGAGAGGAGUUGCAUUAUUGUUUGUCCAGAGCUGGUGGGGUGGUAGGCAGAUAGGUUUCGGGAGGCUGCGUGCAAUAUUUUUGGAUGCUGGAAAUUUUGGGAGGCAGGCUACUUCUGGGGGUGUGUUUUAUUAUUGUUCUUCUGCACUGGGGCUAGUUGGGGGGUGGGGUGGAGAACGCUGGCCCAUUUGUGAUCUACUGAGGUGGUUGGGGAAUGGUCUCCAUUAGGGGACGCAGUUUGGGGUGCUGUACCUUUCUCCAGAGGAUAACCAGUGAAUUGGGGACAGGGGCUGAUAACAGGAGUGGAUCUGUGAAAAGUCCCCAUUAACCUUUUGGUGGGUUAAAUCCUAUGCUGGGGUAGGAAUGCUUUCAUACGGGAGUGUUGCAAUUCUGUGGAAGUUAUUCUAUUCACUUGGUGGGUAUGUAUCUUCAUCUGAAAAAGAUUAGGUUUUGAAAAGGUUGACUUCCUCCAAACCUUGACUUUUUUAAAAAAAACAACCAACAGUAUCCUGCUACGUUGAUGAGGUGCUGGAGGAAUUUUUAGAGGGUGCAAUCAUAUCACACUUUUUGAGGGGGAGGGUUGUGUGUACUACUUAAUUCACCAAGUGUGACCUCUUAAUUUUGUAGGGAUGUUCUAGUGCAAGGACGUAAAUAUACUGUAUGUGUUCCCCGCAGAUAUACAACUGGUUUUGUUGUAUUAUAUGAAGAUGGUUAUUCAGUAGAACCUGUAUUUGAGUAGGUAUUUAACUGUUAAUAGGCUAGGUUGGUCAGGGAAGUGCCCCUUCCCCAUUAUAUUAGAACUUGGGAGGGAUGUCUAGAAGUGACCUAACUUUUCAUGACAUCCCAUUAAUUUCCAGGAUUUGAUUGCAGAUUGUAGAAGUGUUGUCUGCAUUUCCGAGUCGUUUCUUUCCUUUUUUGAUGUCGUAUUGUCUGAGAAGAGGGGUGUGGAUGCUGUCAAGGGAUAUCAAAGUUAGAUUAUCUCAGUAUAAGAGAACUUGGGGUGGAGCAACAUAACGAAGAACCAUAUUCCUUUGGUGGGGGGGGGAGGGUGUUAUGUGUAUCUGGACUAUUUGGAGGUCACACUGAACUGGAAGGAAACCGGAACAGCUACAUGAGGUCACUGUUCAACAGGUUAAUUUCCUCUUGACAAAGUGCUCUCAAACUCCGGGGCAACUUAGAUAUCAGUUUUCCCGGAAAUAAUACAGGGGGUGGGUUUCUUUCCACCCCCUGAUGCUGCCCCAAGCCAUGUCGGCUUUUGGGGAUGCCCAUGAGUGGUAUAUGGGGGCUCUGAGCCGGCAGGAAGCAGCCGCCUGUCUCCAGGGACACCGCCAUGGAACCUUCCUGGUACGGGACAGCACCACUUGCCCCGGCGACUACGUGCUGUCCGUCAGCGAGAACUCCAAGGUGAUUUCUGAAAAAGGGAAAAAGGGAAUUUGGGGAUGGAAGGGCCCUGUAGGAGGAGCUGAAGGUGUGUGGGUUUGAUUGCACAUUGGAAGCGGAGGGUGGAAGCUGGGUUUGUGCCUGCGGAGGGUCACGGUGCGACAGCCUCCUGCUUCUCUACCCUUCUCCUUCCUCCAGGUGUCUCACUACAUCAUAAACAGCCUCCCUGGGCGCCUGCGGAUCGGGGAGCACGAGUUUGACGGCUUCCCUGCUCUGCUAGAUUUCUACCGCCUCCACUACUUAGACACAACCACUUUGGUAGCCCCCGUGGGGCGGGUUGUGGCUCCAGCCUCUGCCCAGCCACCUCCCGCUGGGGAAUGGGUCCGGGCUCUCUAUGACUUCGUCGGCCGCGAUCAGGAAGACCUCCCCUUCUCCAAGGGGGAACCCCUGAGGGUGCUGGCCAAGCCGGAAGAGCAGUGGUGGACAGCGCAGAGGGCCGACGGGCGUGUGGGCAUGAUCCCCGUGCCAUACGUCCAGCCCUGUCCGUACGCCCACCCGAGCAGCCACGGUGCCCCUCGCCACGCUCCGGUCAUAGCGAGGGCAGUGCAGCGAAGGGUGCCUGGUGCCAGCGACAAGACGGCACUGGCCUUCGAGGCAAGUAAUGGGGUGGUCUGCACUGGGGGCGAGUUCACAAAAGGGAACGAGUUUCUGGUUACCGGUUGGGUUGGGGAAAUAUGCAGAUUACUGUUGGGCACUGAGUUUUUUCGUUGCACAGAAAUGUGGCGUUCUGGUCCAGCCCUCUUUGCACCCCCAAACGAAAAGCUUGUGUUUGGACUAGGUUUUGCACAUUAAUUCAGAUGAAAUAGUUAUGCAGCAUAACACUUAUCUGGAGGGUCAAUGAGCAUAACUUUGAAUAGCUGUGGAGCAGGAUGAGUGGUGGAGUGGAAGGAGGGAAGAACGCAUCAGUUCGGAUGGGAAAGGGUGUGGAGGCUGUGUGGGAGUGCAGACGUUCAUCCACACAUUAGAUGCCUGCCGUGGUCCCAUUGCCAGGCUACACUCCUGAAAACUAAGAUCUUCAAUCCAUGUUAUGUUUCCGUGCGGCAAAACUCCAUGCAACACACCCUGGCUUUGAUCCUGUUCCUCAUUUGAAAUGGCAGUGAAGGGAAGAUGAGAAGCUGCGUGAUUUAUUCAGGAGAAAGACUUGUUUGCGGGGGGGGGGGGGGAGAGACUGGCUGUGCAGAGGUGGGUGGGUAAAAAAAAAUGCCCCCAUGAUAUUUGCAUUCUGACCCCUUCUGUGUCUCAUGAUGCUCUACAGGUGGGUGACCUCAUUGCUGUCACCAAGAUGAAUGUCAACGGCCAAUGGGAGGGGGAGCUGAACGGGCGCCGUGGCCAUUUCCCCUUCACUCACGUCAAGGUCCUGGACCCUGAAGAAGCCAGCUGAACAUUUGAUGAUGUAACCCAUGGAAUGCUGACUUUCCCUGCAGUGGGGCACGACCCUUGAACUCUGAUCCACACUUGUGAGCUUCUGACCGUCUCGAACAUUGUACUUCCUUGAAUUUUGACCUACCCGGUGGAUGUUAUUGAUCAUCCGGUUCAUUGAUACUCAAGCUCCUUGGAUAUGGACCUCUUCUACCACUUUGGACUCCUUAACCCAUGAACCUUGUUCCUUGACUUGCUGUUCUUAAAAUGCUGUGGUAGUUGAACCCUAAAACUUUUGACUCUUUACGGGGACCCGUUCAUGUUUCCUCCCUAGAAACAUUGAUCCAUUUUGGCCUUGUGAUUUUUUCAACUCUGAUUAUGUGCCCUUGAAUCUUGCAACUCCCCAUCCUGUGCCCUGUGAACCCAGAAACUCUUGAGCUUUGAUUCUUGAUCCCCUUAUUCUUGUGAUUUUAUUUUUUUCCUUUGAUCCUGUCCACUUGGGGUGGGGAAACAGGGCGGGGGGGGGGGGAGCGCUUGGCUUUGGCCAGAUGGCUGGCAGGAAAUCCUCCCCACUCCUUAUAGAGACCCCGCUUCACUUGUUGUCUGUUCCAAACUGCCUUGUUAAUUAAAGUUUCCUGCUGAUU